GACGCCAGCAUCGAGCCUGUUGGCGUGCGUGACAUCUACGCCGCCUUGGAGUUCCAGAUCUUCAAGAAUCCUCUGUGGUCCUUCUUCUACAUCUUCUCCGUGUGCAUCUUCAUGUACCACGCCUGCAUUGGCUGGAAGAAGGUCACACCAGUCCUUGGCAUUCCAAGGGGUCAUAUCUGGCGGGUGGAAAUCAUCGGCUACGCCAUCAUGAUUGUCAUGGGCUUGGUUUACAUCUCCUUCCCACUCUACGUGAUGGCCACCAAGCCGUUUGCAGGCUACGAGACCAAAAUUCAAAUGCCGGGCCGUGUCGAGUGA